AUGUCAUAUACGGCCACGAAUACACCGGUAAGAGCGCUUCCGCUUGAUAGCGAUUAUGAGAGAAUUGAUGGGGAUCCAUAUUUUGGUAGGGUAGUGUCAUAUUUCAGGCCCUCUGAUUAUUUGAAUUGGGCGAUUUCAACAGCUAUAUUUCCAGCAGGUUUAAAAUUAUGGGAGAGAAUUGAACCUUCGGGAGGGAGUGGACUGAAACCGCUUCGUAUAAAUGGCACGACAUAUAGGGCUGCAGUUGCUAUGGGGUUAGUAGGGGGAUUUUUUUUGGCAUAUGUGAGAUCGAGUCAAAGAUUUCUUGGAUGGAGAGAAAAUGCUAGUGAAGUUAAGAGAGAUAGGUUUGAAAUGAAGAAAUUGUUGAGUGAGGGGAAGUUGCCAUUUCAUGAAGACAAAAGUGCAUUGGACGAUAGAAAUAAGGAUGUUGCUAAUAGAAAUUCACAGUAUAGUAGUUCUUUUUUAUUCAUAUUGCCUUGGUUUAAUCUAGCUUACCAUCCAUACCAUCAGGUUAAUUUAGAAAAAUAUUACAUUGAUAGACCCGGUGAAGAAGAAUGGGGGUUUAAAUUGAAACCACUUGAUGAAAUAUACCAAAAGAACACAUGA